AUGCCUACCUUCGUGAAUAUCCGUUUGUGGAAACCAGGUCUUAAAAAUUCAGAACAAUAUAAAUCUCUUCAACGUCAAUGUCUUUUACGUGAAUUUGAAUGCAGACAGAAACAAGCAAGAAAAUUAGAAAAACAUGUUACAUCGAUCUUAAUUGAUCUAGAAAAACAUCUUUCUUCGUUGGAUUAUAUUAAUGUAAAGAAACUCUGUCAUGAUUCAGCAUCCCGAAUACAUUCUAAAGUUAUGAGUACUCAUAAAGAAAAACUUGAAAAAUUAAAUCACGGUCCUAUUGGACAAAAGUACGAAGAAAUGAAAUCAAAAUUAAUUCAUAACAUAUCGUCAUAUACUCUUUCAAAGGCAGAAGAACGACUUUUAUGUCGUGGUUGGGACUUUUGUAUAGAGAAUAAAAUAACUCACUUUCUAGAUUUUGAAACAGACAUAGAAUUAAAUACGAUGAAGAUACAAUCGCAUUGUCACGAGUCAGUUUUUCGAUUAAUCUGUCGUAAAAUACAUAACGCUUCACAACAACUAAUGCGUACAUCUAAACAUAAGAAAAUAAGCAAUCUAUCAAAUGAAGAAUUAGCAGCCUUGAAAGCACUAAAAUCCAACAAUAACAUAGUUAUUUGUAAAGCUGAUAAAGGCAAUUGUAUUGUAAUAUUAGAUAAAGAAUCGUAUAUGAAAAAAGCAGAAGAAAUAUUAAAAGGAGAACAAUUUCAGGCAUUGGAUAAUAAUAAUAAAUUUCAUCAAAAACGUGAAGAAGAAUUAAAUAACUAUAUAUUUUCAUUAUUUAAAGAGGGUAUCAUAGAUAAAAAACUUCGUCGUCAACUACAAUCUACAUGUUCUUCCAUAUCUGUCUUUUAUGGACUUCCGAAAGUACAUAAAAAUGGAUAUCCAUUACGUCCGAUAAUAUCUACAAUAGGUAGUUAUCAAUAUCAACUAUCAAAAUAUUUAGCCAAAGCAAUUAGAAAUGUACGUCCGCAAGCUAAUUCAUAUAUAAAAGAUUCCUUCGAAUUUGUAAAGAAAAUAAAAGAAACUAUAUUAGAUAAAGAAAAGACAUAUAUUAUGUGCAGCUUUGAUGUUGAGAGUUUAUACACAAAUGUACCAGUCGAAGAGGCAAUAGAGAUAACAUUAGAUUAUAUGUAUAAACCAACUAAACUAAUAGAUAUUCCUUUUAAUAGAGAACAACUGAAAACACUUUUAAAUCUCGCAAUUAGAGAUGCACCCUUUCGAUUUCAAAAUAGAAUAUAUAAACAAAUAGAUGGCGUUGCUAUGGGAAACCCGCUAGCACCGAUAAUCGCUGACUUAUGGAUGCAAAAGAUGGAACAGAAAUUAAACAGAUUUAGUACAAACAAGCCUAUGAUUUGGUUAAGAUAUGUAGAUGAUGUUUUUUGUCUAUUUACCAUUUCAAAAACAAAAAUUCUUGAAUUUCAUACACGUAUAAAUAAGUGGCAUAAUAACUUACAUUUCACAUUGAAGUUUGAAGAAAAUAAUUCUAUAGAAUUUCUUGAUGUUCUUGUAACUCGUGAACAGAAUCGAUUGAUUACAUCACUCUAUCGAAAACCGACACAUACCGGACUUUACAUGCUAUGGGAUAGUUGUCAGAGUCGCCGGUAUAAGUUAGGAUUGAUAAGAACAUUAGUUAUACGUAUAUAUAGAAUUUGUUCAACAGAAGAAAUAGUAAAUAAGGAAUUAAAUUUAUUACAACAAACACUAACAAAAAAUGGAUAUCCUCCACAUAUAAUAAAAAGAGGUAUUUCCGAAGGAAAAAUAAUUAUUAAAAGAAUGUCUCAAACCGAAAUAAACAAAACAAAUACUGAGAAUAAAAAAGUCAUUUUCUUCACCAUAAAAUACUAUGGACAAGAGUCUAUCGUUUUUGCAGCUCGUGUAAAGAAAUUAUGUCGCAAAUUACUUCCUAACUUACUUAUUCUAAUUUUGGGCCAAUUUUUGGCCCAAGCUUCGUGGCAUUGUUUAUUGCCACAGAAGAUGUAUAUGGCAUCCAAUUUUGGCAUGCCAUGA